AUGUUUGGGAAAAAUUACUCUGUUCUAAAUCCCCUAGGUGGUGCUUAUCUUCGUGAUUCCGGCCGUCCCGGAAGCGGGUAUACGAGUAAAGUCCACAUCAGAGAGCGAUAUCAUAUUGUUGGUUUUAUUAGCAGUGGCACGUAUGGACGUGUUUACAAAGCCAUCGGGAAGAAUGGCAAGAAGGGCGAGUUCGCUAUCAAGAAGUUCAAGCCCGAUAAAGAAGGAGAAUUGAUUCAGUAUACAGGCCUCUCGCAAUCUGCAAUUCGUGAGAUGGCUCUGUGCUCUGAACUCAAUCAUCCGAAUGUAGUGGGUUUGGAAGAGAUUAUCUUGGAGGACAAGUGUAUUUUUAUGGUGUUUGAAUAUACAGAACACGAUUUGCUUCAGAUCAUCCACCAUCAUACUCAGCAACAGCGACAUGCUAUUCCCGCCAAGAUGGUUCGCUCAAUACUGUUUCAGCUGCUCAACGGCCUACUUUAUUUACAUACCAACUGGGUUCUUCAUCGUGACUUGAAGCCUGCAAAUAUUCUUGUUACCGCUGGCGGGGCUAUCAGAAUAGGUGAUCUUGGUUUGGCACGUUUGUUCUACAAGCCCCUAAAUUCCUUGUUUACUGGUGACAAAGUUGUGGUAACAAUUUGGUACCGUGCACCGGAGCUGCUGCUGGGUAGCCGGCAUUACACCCCUGCGGUAGACAUGUGGGCUGUGGGCUGCAUAUUCGCCGAGCUAUUAUCAUUGCGCCCGAUAUUCAAAGGAGAAGAAGCGAAAAUGGAUAGCAAGAAAACCGUUCCGUUCCAGCGCAAUCAAAUGAUGAAAAUAGUCGACAUAUUGGGCUUCCCACGACAAGAAUCGUGGCCUGGCCUAGCGGCCAUGCCUGAGUUCAACCAGUUGCAAUCCAUGAUGCAGUCUAUGAAGAUGUCAUCACGGGGAGGCCUUCACUACAAUAAGCCCUCCGGUCUUGAUACAUGGUACCAGGGAUGUCUGAAGACGGGUAGUUACUCCCCACACAGCAGUGUUGGAUCACCCGGCGCUGAUGGCUUUGAUCUGUUGUCACGAUUACUGGAAUACGAUCCCACAAAGAGAAUAACCGCAGAGGAAGCUUUAGAACACCCGUACUUCACAAAUGGCGAGCCGAUCAGCGCAAACUGUUUUGAGGGCUGUGAAAAUAGUUAUCCACCCCGCCGAGUCAGUCAGGAUGGUAACGAUAUUCGGAGCGGCAGCCUCCCAGGUACGAAACGCAGUGGACUGCCGGAUGAUAGUUUAAUAGGUCGAGUGGCCAAACGUCUCAAGGAAUAA